AUGUCAGGUUUAGAUAAAAUCAAACGAAUUAUUGUAGUUUUGUCAGGCAAAGGUGGCGUUGGUAAAUCAACUGUAACAACACAAGUGGCUCUAUCGCUGUAUAAUAGUGGCUAUCGCGUUGGCUUACUUGAUGUUGAUCUGUGUGGACCGUCCAUUCCAAAAAUGUUUGGAGUUGAUAAAAAUUCCAAAGAAAGCGUUGUUUACGAAACUCCGGAGGGUAUGACGCCAGUCGAUGUUUUUGCGACAUCAAGUGAUAGUUCAAGAUUUAAAUUAAUGUCCAUGGCAUUGCUAUUAGAUAGUGAGAAUGACGCAGUCAUUUGGCGUGGACCCAGAAAAGUUGCUAUGAUUCAACGUUUGUUAACUGGUGUUAAAUGGGGUGAACUUGACUAUCUCAUUAUCGAUACACCGCCGGGUACAUCCGAUGAACACAUUGCAGUCAUGACUGUUCUUAAACAACAUGAACAUGCAAAAGAAUUUCUUCGUGCAAUUCUUGUGACAACACCACAAAUGUUAUCGAUCAACGAUGUUCGACGUGAAAUAACAUUUUGCCACAAAACAUCAUUCCAUAUAAUCGGUCUAAUUGAAAAUAUGAGUGGCUAUGUAUGUCCGCAUUGUAGUGAAUGUACGAAUAUAUUCGCUCAAGGUGGCGGAACUCUACUAGCCGAACAGUAUUCAAUUCCAUUUUUAGGUAGAUUACCGAUUGAUAAUCGUCUGAAUGCGAUACUUGAUCAAGGUAUCACAAAAGUUGAUAAUGGCUUAGAAACUAUAUCAGAAACUGAAACGAUGAAAUUAUUUAAGAAUAUAAUUAAUCAAAUACUUGAUCGUUGGGAGUGA